UAGCAAUGAUCCAGAUAAAGAAAACGGAGAUCAGCACCUACCUCUACAGUCCCAAAGUACAGCUAUUGCUAGUAAACUUUCUAACAUGUGGGCUAGAGGUGUGUUUGGCUGCAGGGGUAACUUUUGUACCCCCUUUGCUGCUCGAAGCUGGAGUAGAAGAGAAGUUCAUGACAAUGGUAUUAGCUAUUGGACCCAUUCUUGGCCUCUUGGUUGUGCACUUCAUAGGCUCUGCCAGUGACCGUUUAAGCAGCAGAUAUGGCCGGCGGCGGCCUUUCAUUUGGCUUUUGUGCUUCGGAGUGAUGUUGAGCCUGGUUAUUAUCCCUUAUGCUGGCCAUCUAGCCACGCUGACAGGUAACCAUCGUGCUGGAGCAGAGGUAGCUUUCCUAGUGCUGGGUAUAGGACUACUGGAUUCCUGUGGACAGGUGUGCUUCACUCCGCUGGAAGCUUUGCUUUCUGACCUAUUCCCAGAAGAAGAAGCAUGUAGCAAGGCAUUUUCUGUUUAUGCCCUGACGGUUGGAAUAGGUGCCUGCAUCGGAUACUUGUUGCCAUCUGUGGACUGGAGUGGUAGCUGGCUGGCACAACACUUUGGUGGGCAACAGCAGUGCCUCUUUAUUCUGCUUCUUUUCAUCUUUGCUGGUUGUGUCUUUUCCACAUUUUUUGUCUCUGAAGAGGUAAAGACAAGCGUUGGGCAGGCAGAUAUCAAGGGUGAUAUUCCUGCCAGGAGAGGACAUUGCUCACAGUUCUGGACUUUGCCACUCAGAGCAUGGCGUUUGGCUCUGGCACUAAGAGGUGUGUGUGCCUUGUUGCCUCGACUCAGAAUGUUUUGUUACAGGGUGCCAGUUGCCCUUUGGCGCCUGUUUGUGGCUCAGCUUUGCUCCUGGAUGGGUCUAAUGACCUUUAUACUCUUUUAUACUGAUUUUGUGGGCGAGGGAAUUUAUAACGGAGUACCCUUUGCAGCACCAGGCACGGAAGCCAGAGCUCGCUACGAUGAAGGAGUCAGAAUGGGGAGUCUCGGUCUCUUUCUUCAGUCUGUGACAUCUGUGAUAUUCUCUUCUUCCAUGGACCACCUAGUAAAGACCUUUGGAACCCGAUAUGUGUACAUUACAGCUGUUGCCUGCCUCCCACUGGCUACGAUAAUUAUGUGCUUCUCUCACAGUGUUAUCGUUGUAACAGCAUCAGCCGCCAUUACAGGUUUCCUCUUCUCUGUUCUUCAGAUUUUGCCAUAUACUCUGAUCUCACUUUAUCAUCAUAACCGGCAGGUAUUUCUUCCCAAAUAUAAAGAUGUGGCUGAAGAUGUAAUAGAGAAGGAGAGGAUAUCUGGAUUUACAAAAGAAACCCCAAACGGCACUUCCGUUGCUAUGUUCGCUUCCCAGAACAUUUCACUGUCCAUUGGUCCCUCCUGUGAGGGUGCUGUUGUGGCAGCGGAGCCUGUUGUCUCGAACCAUGGGGUCUGUCUCGAUAUGGCGAUUCUAGACAGUGCUUGUCUAAUCUCACAGAUUGUCCCUGCUCUUUUUGUGGGUUUAAUUGUACAAAUGACUCAGACUGUCACAGCCUACGUUGCAUCGGCUGCAGCCUUUGGACUGAUUGCAAUAUACUUCUCCAGCAAGGUGGUGUUCGAAAAAAGCGAUAUGGCAAAAGUGACUGCAUUAUAGGUGGUGCCAGAAACCACUGGGUGUUCCAAAAAAAGUUAAAGCACUUUUAUUUGGCAAAGUGCGUUCAUAAAAGUUUAUUCAAUAUGUUUACUGUGCAUAGAGACAUUUAAAUUAAAAUUAAUGUCCAUUAUAUUUUAAGGGAAAUAGUGAAAGUGGAAUAAAUCGGGUAUUCCAUGGGG